CUUGGGUGGUGUUGGGGGGUCGGGUGUAGAGGGAGGUAGUCCAGCCGCUCACAGACACAACGUGGUGUGUAGAUCUAGGGAUAGGUCAUACACAGAACUAGAGGGAUGUCCCCCAACUACAAGCUGAUAUACUUCAACGCCAGAGGUCGCGCCGAACAUAUUCGCUUCAUCUUUGCCUACGCCGGAGUUGACUAUCAAGACUACCGGGUACCCAAGGAGAAAUGGCCAGAGCUGAAAAAGAGUAUGCCGUUCGGUAUGUUGCCGGUGCUGGAGAUGGAUGGCAAAUACAUCGGUCAGUCCAACGCCAUCGCCCGCUACCUCGCCCAGCAGUAUCAGCUGACGGGCAAAGACGAGAAAGAGGCUCUCCAAUGCGACGUCAUGGUUGACACCCUGGCGGACCUGAAGCAGGUAUUGUGGCUGUAUCGCUCCGAGCAAGACCCCAUCAAGAAGGAGGAACGACGCGCCACACUCCUGAAGGACACAAUUCCUUUUUACCUCAAGCGCUUCGAGAAGGCCAUCGCUGAGAACGGUGGCUACUCCGUGGGUAGCUCGGUAACAUGGACGGACUUCGUAUUUGCUGUUUCUCUAGAAAACUUUGAAAUAAUCUUCGGCAAAGACUCGCUGCAGGCCUACCCUCACCUUCAGGCGUUGAAGGAACGAAUCUUCGCACUGCCAGCCAUACAGAGUUGGGUACAGAAAAGACCUGUCACUGACUUUUAGAGUGUUCAUAGUGGUCGUUUAGGACAGAGAUAGUUUCAUGUUGAUGCGAGUAUGUAUUAACCACUGAGUGGUUCCAUAGAACCAGCAACUGUACAAACCUUAGAUUAAUGGAUGGAAUGUGCUACAAAAUACUUACAGCAUUCAUCAAAUAAAAAAAGUAUCGUGACACCGUUAAGAUUUUCAAUCGAUGUGAUCUGAAACACAAAUAAUAAUGUACAACAAUUUGUUAACAGUCAACAAUCAAUGGCUUGCGUCCAUAGUUGAAUUAGGUUUGUAAGAUAAAAUAUAAUUUCAGUAGUGCUAUGAUUUUUUUACGUUAGUUGACAAACUAAAAAAUUAUUUCCAUUUCAAAGUUAAUACAAUUCAUAAUUAUUUAUGUAUUGGUCAAAUAGAUAUACCUAACAUUGUUGAUGCCACAUUUACUACUUGUGAAGAAAAUUAUAACAGUCGAUUUAAACAUCAUUGUGCAUCAAAUUGCACUAACAACAAUGCUAUCUGUACACUUACGGACCUGUAUCUAACUGGAAUUAUAACAAUAUGUGUCAAUCCAGCAUGUACAUGACUAUGUUUAUCUCUGAAAUUUAGUAAUCGAGAUAAUUUAUAUUUAUAGAACAAUGCUUUUACGAUUAUCAAAUGACAACAUUUCAUUCUUGUGGGUUACCUACUCUAAAAUUGACCUAUUUUAAACAUUUGUGGACUGGGAUCACUAGUUCGCCGUUUGUUUUCGUACUCAUAAAAUAGUAUAUUAACUGAAUGAUUUUGUAAGGAUUAUUAAUGAAAAAAUAUCAAUUUACAAACAGGGAAUUUAUUCUGUCGAGUUGUGUCGAAUUCAAUUUACCAAUAUUUAAACAAAUACUCUUAAAUAAGGGAUUAAAAAUAAUAAAACUGAUUACUCUGAAAGUAUAUUUUUCAAACAAAGCACUAUAGAACUAACUCCUUAACUGUGCAAUUUCGUAAUGCAUUAGUAUUACCAUUGACUAUAUAUUCAAAGGUAUUACGCACAGAACGAAGGUGGGGACCAUAAUAACUACAUCACUGGUUAAAAACUAAUCGAUAAAUAUUUUAAACUUAAAACUUAAAGUUUUUAUGUGUAUAUUAAGUCAAUGUGAAUAAUGUGCCCGUUUACAUAUCAGGACUGGAUUACCACAUUCUAGUAUUAUUAUCUGGCCAGACAUCGGGUGAUCUCAUGAGCUUGUAGUAAAAAAAACAUAGGACUUGGAAAUAUCUACUUACAAAAAUAUGUUUUAUUUUAGAAAUAUUACUCCUACAUCCUAUCUGAUUCAUUAUGGUGCUGUACUACUACCACAUUGUAUUAUUACUAUUAUAAACCAUAUUUAAAAUACCUGAAGUUAUAAAAUAAACAUACAUAUGAUAAAAAAUGUGUAUAACUCAAAAUUCCUUUUAUUUUCUAAGCAAUCUGAGCCGUCAACUGAAGUACAACCGUAAAUAAAUGUAUAUUGUCAAUAUAAAAUUGUAAUUUCAGUAGUAUUCGACCGUCAAACACCUUGUUCCUAAACGGCUAAGUUAAACGGGAAAGAUACUAAGAAAAAACUAUACCAUUAAAACCUGAUUUGAACUAAAAACCAUUUUACGUACACGUUUAAACGUAAUUUUUAGUAACACAAUUUUAUAUAGUGUACACUGUGUCAAUUGUCCUGGUAACAACAGUUAUUUUUCAAAUGUGUAUUUUUUUAUUGGAUUUACUAGUGAUGUAAGCGAAUCAGAGAUGGUGUUUAUGUUGUGUCAAGAUAAGAGUGUACAGUCACAGUUGUUGUUCCAUAGUAAAGUAUAUUUAUGUACUGAAUGGUCGAUGGCCUAUAAUGUGUUCUUAAUAAACUGUUUCAUGUUGUUAAA